GCGCUCGGCAUUGUGGCAGGCGGCAGAGGCCGGCGAGGGCGCCGGAGCCGCGGGUAGCGGCGGGGCGCAGAGAGGCGCGCGCGGGGGUUCGGACGGCGCGGCGCGGGCUGCUGCGAGUGUCGCUGAGUGCACUCACCUUCUGUCUCGCAACUUCGAAGCCAGGGCGUGGGAGCGCGGGGAGCGCUCGGAGCCCCAGAGCCUGAGGAGCGCAGAGAGGGGCGCGCCGGAGCCUGGCGGGAGAGCGGGCGCCGGGCACCCACUGCGCUCCGAGCGCCCGGCAGCCCUCUGCGCAGCGUGGCUGCCGCUGCCCCCACGGAGGGCACGGGCUGGCGCGGCCGGGCGCCGGGGAGGACGGCGAGGAGGAGGCGGCGGCGGCGGCGACGGCGGCGGCGAGGCUGGGGCCAGGGAGAGAGCCCCGGGGGAGAGGCGCCCGAGCCUGGCCGCGGGAGCAUGUGGGCCCGGAGCGGAGCGCGGGGCGCGCUGCUGCUGGCGCUGCUGCUCUGCUGGGACUCGAGGCUGAGCCAAGCAGGCACUGAUUCCGGCAGCGAGGUGCUCCCCGACUCCUUCCCCUCGGCGCCGGCUGAGCCCCUGCCCCACUUCCUGCAGGAGCCACAGGAUGCCUACAUCGUGAAGAACAAGCCCGUGGAGCUGCGCUGCCGCGCCUUCCCCGCCACGCAGAUCUACUUCAAGUGUAACGGCGAGUGGGUCAGCCAGAAUGACCAUGUCACGCAGGAGGGCCUGGAUGAGGCCACGGGCCUGCGGGUACGAGAGGUACAGAUCGAGGUGUCGCGGCAGCAGGUGGAGGAGCUGUUCGGGCUGGAGGAUUACUGGUGCCAGUGCGUGGCCUGGAGCUCCGCGGGCACCACCAAGAGUCGCCGGGCCUACGUCCGCAUCGCAUACCUGCGCAAGAACUUCGAUCAGGAGCCUCUGGGCAAGGAGGUGCCCCUGGACCAGGAGGUUCUCCUACAGUGCCGCCCACCAGAGGGCGUGCCUGUGGCUGAGGUAGAAUGGCUCAAGAAUGAGGACAUCAUCGACCCCACCCAGGACACCAACUUCCUGCUCACCAUCGACCACAACCUCAUCAUCCGCCAGGCCCGCCUGGCAGAUACGGCCAACUACACCUGUGUGGCCAAGAACAUCGUGGCCAAGCGUCGCAGCACCACUGCCACGGUCAUUGUCUUCGUGAACGGUGGCUGGUCCAGCUGGGCGGAGUGGUCGCCCUGCUCCAACCGCUGCGGCCGUGGCUGGCAGAAACGUACACGGACCUGCACCAACCCAGCCCCGCUCAACGGAGGUGCCUUCUGCGAGGGCCAGGCCUUCCAAAAGACCGCCUGCACCACUGUGUGCCCAGUGGACGGAGCGUGGACGGAGUGGAGCAAGUGGUCAGCCUGCAGCACUGAGUGUGCCCACUGGCGCAGCCGCGAGUGCAUGGCGCCCCCGCCCCAGAACGGAGGCCGAGACUGCAGCGGGACCCUGCUCGACUCCAAGAACUGCACCGACGGGCUGUGCAUACAGAAUAAGAAAACUCUAAGUGACCCCAAAAGCCACCUGCUGGAGACCUCGGGGGACGUGGCGCUGUACGCGGGCCUCGUGGUGUCCAUCUUCGUCGUCGUGGGCGUCGUCAUGGUGGUGGGGGUGGUGGUUUACCGCCGCAACUGCCGGGACUUUGACACGGACAUCACCGACUCGUCGGCCGCCCUCACUGGCGGCUUCCACCCCGUCAACUUCAAGACUGCGAGGCCCAACAAUCCACAGCUCCUGCACCCAUCCGUGCCUCCGGACCUCACGGCCAGUGCCGGCAUCUACCGCGGGCCCGUGUAUGCCCUGCAGGACUCCGCCGACAAGAUCCCCAUGACCAACUCGCCCCUGCUGGACCCCCUGCCCAGUCUCAAGAUCAAGGUCUACAACUCCAGCACCACCGGCUCGGGGCCAGGCCUGCCAGAUGGGGCUGACCUGCUGGGGGUCCUGCCGCCCGGCACGUAUUCCAGCGACUACACCCGGGAUGCCCACUUACUGCACCUGCGCAGUGCCAGCCUCGGCUCCCAGCAGCUCCUGGGCCUGCCCCGCGACCCGGGGAGCAGCGUCAGCGGCACUUUUGGCUGCCUGGGUGGGAGGCUCAGCAUCCCGGGCACAGGGGUCAGCCUGCUGGUACCCAAUGGAGCCAUCCCCCAGGGCAAGUUCUACGAGAUGUACCUCCUUAUCAACAAGGCAGAAAACACCCUCCCGCUUUCAGAAGGGACCCAGACGGUAUUGAGCCCCUCAGUGACCUGUGGGCCCACGGGCCUCCUGCUGUGCCGCCCCGUCAUCCUCACGGUACCCCACUGUGCUGAAGUCCGUGCCGGCGACUGGAUCUUCCAGCUCAAGACCCAGGCCCACCAGGGCCACUGGGAGGAGGUGGUGACCCUGGACGAGGAAACCCUGAACACGCCCUGCUACUGCCAGCUGGAGGCCAGGUCCUGCCACAUCCUGUUGGACCAGCUGGGCACCUACGUGUUCACGGGUGAGUCCUACUCCCGCUCGGCAGUCAAGCGUCUCCAGCUGGCCAUCUUCGCCCCUGCCCUCUGCACCUCCCUGGAGUACAGCCUCAGGGUCUACUGCCUAGAGGACACGCCCGUAGCGCUGAAGGAGGUGCUGGAACUGGAGCGGACCCUGGGUGGCUACCUGGUGGAAGAGCCAAAACCCCUACUGUUUAAAGACAGUUACCACAAUCUGCGCCUGUCUCUGCACGACAUCCCCCAUGCCCACUGGAGAAGCAAGCUGCUGGCCAAGUACCAGGAGAUCCCCUUCUAUCACAUUUGGAGUGGCAACCAGAAGGCCCUGCACUGCACCUUCACCCUGGAGAGGCACAGCCUGGCCUCCACAGAGCUCUCCUGCAAGAUCUGUGUGCGGCAGGUGGAAGGAGAGGGCCAGAUCUGCCAGCUGCACACCACGCUGGCAGAGACACCUGCUGGCUCCCUGGACGCCUUCUGCUCUGCCCCUGGCAGCACGGUCACCACCCAGCUGGGACCCUACGCCUUCAAGAUUCCACUGUCCAUCCGCCAGAAGAUAUGCAACAGCCUGGAUGCCCCCAACUCGCGGGGCAAUGACUGGCGGCUAUUGGCGCAGAAGCUCUCCAUGGACCGGUACCUGAACUACUUUGCCACCAAAGCGAGCCCCACGGGUGUAAUCCUGGACCUCUGGGAAGCUCUGCAGCAGGAUGACGGGGACCUCAACAGCCUGGCGAGUGCCUUGGAGGAGAUGGGCAAGAGUGAGAUGCUGGUGGCCAUGGCCACUGACGGGGACUGCUGAGCCGCCCCGGACCGUGGACUGGGAGGGCUGGCAGGAGGCGGGCACAGAGGAGGCAGCCUCGUGUGAGGCAGUGCGGCCCAUGCUGCCCCCCAGCUCACAGCCAGAGGCGCCCCCUCCUCCUCCUCCCCUUGCCCCAUUCCCAGACCACAACCAGCCUUAGCAAAUCCAUGUACUCUGUUGUCAGGAAGACCCAGUGUUCCUUCUCCACCCCUUGCUGUCCCCCCUGCCCUUGGAUCUCCGUGGAGGAACUGAGACGAGGCCUCUGGAGGCAGCGAGGGGAGCCAGGAGGUGGCCCUCCCUCCCUCCUCCCACCCCCACCAGCCACCUCCGCCCCAGGAGCUCUGGGUGACAUUUGUCUUAGAUGCGUUCUUCGGUUUCUUCCUCAGUUACUGGUUUCUCCCUCCCACCUAAGUCCUCUUCUCCUUUCACACCGUUUUCCUCUUUGAAGAGUCAAGUACAAUUCAGAUGAACUGCUUUCUGUCGUCCAAAGCAAAAAGGAAAAGGAAAGGAAGAAAGAAAGCUUCAGACCCCUAGUCAGGCUCAAAGAAGAAAAAAGAGAAACACCAAAACCACAAGGGAAAAGAAAAACCCAGUUUCUUAGGAAACGCAAAUGAUUUAUUAUCCAGAUAUUUGGAUAAGUCCUUUUUAAGAAAAAAAAAAAAAAAGAAAA